UUUAACGGACAAAUUGUACAAUGAGAGGAGCAUUAUUUUUUCCCUACGUCUUUAUUUUGACCCAUGUGCUUCCAGCAUAUGGUGUGAUAAUGUUGUGCAAUUUCGAUGAAUUCGCAUCAAUAAAUGAUCACGCUGCUGUUGUAUGUGCUGCUAAAAGUAGCAGAGAAAUGACAGUAAGCAUAAAGUGUCCAAAGUUAGUAGGAGACGUCGAAUACUCAUGGCACCCUCAUGUGAUAAAUCCGCAUACGUGUAAUGUUAAAGCCUAUGUGAAGGUAGGCAAAGAUCUGGCAGAUGUUAAUUUAUCCGACGUGUUAAAAUCGGAGGAUAAUGAGCCAAUAUGGCGCUCAGAAGAGCAUUUGAAUUAUCAUAUUCUUCGCAUCACAACGAGAUAUAAUUACCAUUAUGUAAUGGGAGAAGACAAAUUGAUGUUUUUAUGUGCACCUAAAGACUUGGAUUUUAAUUCGACAUUAACUUCAUAUAUACUUAAUGAUAUAGACAUUGAUAGGUCACAUGUAAUUGAUUGGAUGGACAGUGCAACAUUAUACAACGAAUUAAAUGAACGAAAGACAGGUUUAGGAUUCUUUUUCAUGAACCGCGAUUACUUUCAACAACCCCUUCAAGGUUGUGGUAGUAGGUCAUCUAGUUUAUUUUUAGAUAAACAGUUGGUCGAUGUAGAUGCUGAUACUGGAGUGCGUUCAUGUGAAGUUGACCCAAUGUCAAGUACACCUAUUGGUUUCCUCUGCGAGGGUCGCAUGGAGCCUCCAGAGUGUAUGAAAUACCUUAUCGAUACUAACGGGAAAAUACGUCCUAACCGAACGGAGCGAUGGACUCUGAUGAAUCGUUCUACAUUAGUGGUUGCGCAGCCACUUACUUAUUUGGCAACAUCAUUGUUUGAGGGACAUUGUUUGUGCAUUGACCCACUAACUGAUAGGGUCCUUGCCAAGAUUGUGGUCAAGCCUCGGUACGAAUAUGUUUGCGACAUCAAUAACAUGUUGAUGAAGAAUCGGGUGCAGCCAAUCCAUAGCUUUUGGUGUUCCGUUACACUUCACCCUGGCAGUACGUUGACCAUUCGCUUUCCUCCUGACCCGAACAUUAUUCUCAGUGACACCACUAAUACUUCUACGCUACAGGCUGUAUAUCCAUAUGAAACACAGUUUAAACCUAGUACGUUGGAGCACCUACAUUCUUAUACUGGUACUACAUGGAAUAAGAGACUAGAAUCUGUGCCUUACCACGAUAGAAUAGUAGGAGAUGCUUUAGAGCUAGAUUUAUCUAUGUCUGAUAGAGGAUUAAUACGUAUAAUAUACAUGAGUGGUAAACCCCUAGGAACUAUCAAAGAUUACGACUCAAUAUUAUUUCACUGGCACUCAGUUCCUUUCAACAAAUUGAUUGAUAGUAUGAUAUCGGCAAGUAUUAGUGUGCAACUGGUACCAACUCACAUAUAUGACACGACUGGUUGCGACAUAGGCCAACCAAGUGUCUUCAAUCCAAGAAACAUGGCAAAGUACAUAAGGCCCAAGGAGUAUAUCGGGAAUACAGGUUUAAUGCAUGAUUGUGUUGUGAAAAACUUUUUUGGAGUUUUCCAUACGGGUAUAUAUUGUGGUUCUGGUAAUACUCUCAUGCCAAAUGGCUGUAAACAAACUGCAUAUAGUCUUUAUUCCAAUACUGAAGAGCCAAUCCCUUCUAGUGUAGUUCGACUUGAUCUGUUACAUGUAGAAGGUAUGCAGAUGUUUAAAAUUCUGACAAACACUGAAACAAUCUUCAGUAUGAGCUGUAACUGUGUUGAUCCCCGAGGGUUUGUAAUAUCCAGACUCAUUCUAGAAAAUCCAUUUUCCGAAACGAUAGGUCUGUUCAUAAGGCCAUAUAAUGAGUGUCUUAAUUAUAGAGAUCAGCAUUUGCCGUAUAUUGACGGAUCUAUGGUUUCCUACACAAGAGGUAGUGUCCCUAGCAAAACUAUACCUCUACUCGCCCAGCAUGAAAAAUUCUAUUUAUAUCCAGGUACUAAAUACAUAUUCAAGUGCCAGUAUUGUACCCAGGAUAUGUUCCAUAGGGAUAAUUAUGAGUAUACAAAUCGAUCAUUAAAACAGCUUGCAACAGCAUGGAUACCACGAGAUGCCAGUACAACUUAUUUUAAAACAGAGCCAUUUGGACCCAGUAUUCGUUUCAUUAGUGCUAAUUAUGAAGAUAUUAUCAUGGGAGAGAAAGGGGGCUUAACAUUUGAGAUUAAAGAAAAAUACGGGGCAUAUCAAGAACAUCUAGUGGUCACAUAUAGCAGGGGUACCAUUCUUAUAUCCAAGGAUGAAAGUCAACCUACUAGAGUAACAUUUUACUUCAUUUGUGGAAUCCUGCCCUUCAUGAAGCCACUAAUCAAAGAAAGAAACAGACUACUGCUCUCACUAGGGUCUACACCCCCUAGUGCAAAGUCAUUCCCAUAUGGCACUUACAAAUUACUGGAACUAUCGGUAGAGACUACCGAUCCAUAUGUACAUGGUUGCGGAUUAGGAUUUAAAGGUGAAACGCUUUUUAGAGACGACACCAUUACAUAUACGGAACCCACAUCAGGUAUAAAGAGUUGUGUUAUUGACCUUAACGUUAACGAUGAAGGUGGUUUUUACUGCCCACCGCCUUACAUUAUGGAGCCUCCUGAAUGCUUUCACGAUGUAUUUGUCGGCGAUGUUGUGACGAAAUUGAAUAGGAUUAGUAGUGAUUUGUUCGCAUUUCGAUCUAGUCACUUUUCACUGAUACGACUAGAUCGUCUGGCUAACAACGCUAAAGAAUCCAGGAAAACCUAUCCUGCACUGCGUUGUAGAUGUGUGACAAUUACAGGAGAAUUAGUUUCUUCUAUUGUCAUUAUCAAUUACCAGAGCAAAGGUCUUGUUAGCAAGAGAUGGGAGCAUUUUGACCCUGCUAUAUUCUUUUCGCAGCCAUAUGUUUCAAAAGCGACUAAUGUAUAAGGUUUAGGACUACACACAUUUAAUGAGCAUGCUUAUUAACCUAUAGUUAU